CUUACCUUCUCUGAGACACACACACACACACACCUCUCUGUGUUUCUGUGGCUGAAGCUCCACUUUCAUCUUUAUCAACAGCGCUUUCUGCAAACUUUUAAGUCACCAGAUGAGCUAGGAUGGUGUCUCCUGCUAUUGCUCUGGCCUUCCUUCCCCUCCUGCUGACUAUCAUCAUCAGGUGCCGCUUCUACUUUGUGCUGUUCUAUCGGGCGGUCCUGGUCAGGAUAUGGAACGACUGUGUUACUGGCCUGAGCCGCGAGGAGCGUGCCUACCAGUACGUUCUCACUCAUGCCACCCCUGGAGACCCCGACAGCAUCCUGGACGCCUUCGAUGUCUGGUGCAGCAAGGUGGAGUUCAUCAGCAACAUUGGGCCUAAGAAAGGGAAAAUCCUGGAUCGUCUGCUGAUGGAGCAGAGCCCUCUGACGGUGCUGGAGCUGGGCGCCCACUGUGGGUACAGCACUGUGCGGAUGGCCCGGUCUCUACCCCUGGGUGCCAGGCUCUAUAGCAUCGAGAUGGACCAAAGAAAUGCUGCUAUCGCUGAGAAAAUCAUCCGUCUGGCAGGGUUUGACGAUGACACGGUGGAGCUCAUUGUGAAUCCAUCUGACGAGGUGAUCCCUCGGCUGCGGUCUGACUACGGUUUGGAAAGGCUGGAUUUUGUCUUCAUGGACCACUGGAAGAAAUGCUACCUCCCUGAUCUGCAGAUGCUGGAGGGCUCUGGUCUGCUGGGAAAAGGGUCUAUGAUUGUUGCAGACAACGUGCUGUUCCCCGGGGCUCCAAAGUUCCUCAGACACAUUCGCAAGAGUGGCCUGUACGAGUGGAAGGUCCAUCGGGCCACACUUGAGUACAGCAAAGGCAUCAGGGACGGGAUGGCUGAGCUGGUGUACCAGGGAAUCAAAUAGACUACACUGUUAGACAGAUACACAUUUUUGGAGUAGCGAGGGAUGAACUGAUGAUAGUAAACCUUAUGUAAAAACUAAUCUGAAAGAAAAUGUGAUGAAAAACAGUUUAAAUAAUUCCCUAAAAAGCUGCAUUCACCUGAAAAUUGCAACCCUAUGUGCACAACACUUGUCUUCAUAUGGAAAUAUUAUCUACCUUUUUAUUCCUGUUGGGGAUCCCUGUCAUUAUCCUCUCCCACCUGUCUUUUAAAAGCAGGAAAAAGUCUUCAAAAAAUAUCACAAAUUUUGAGAAAAAAGAGGAUCAAUUCAUUAAAUAUGCAAAUUAAACUUAAUGAUGUGUAUUUUUUGAUUAGUUUAUUAUAAAUAUCCUUUAUAUACAAGUUCAGUACUGAAGAAAAUAUUGGCCUUUAGCUGGGAAAUGUUAACAUUACCUGUUCAAAUCUUUCCAGAUAUCAAAUGUUUAAUGGCAUAAAGUGAAUUGUGGACAUCAGUACCACCC